CCGGGGGGGGCUGGAGCCUCCGGCGGGCCCGGGAUGGACCGUCAGGAAGGGGUGAAGCCCGCAGGCGAGGGAGGCCGCGGCGGACCCGCAGUGCAGCAGCUGUUGGCCGCCCGUGACUCGCCCGUCCCGGCCUCGCCGCUCGCGCAGUCACACGGUGCAGUCGGGGGGGGGGGGCGCCGCGUCCCUCUCGGAGGUCCCGGGAGACCGAAUCGGGAGAUCCCCACUCCUGCCCUCCCCUCGCCUCGCCCGCGCUCGCCCAGCCCGCGAGGAGGAAACGCGAGCCGCGCGCAGACACCUCCUCCUCCACCUCCUCCUCCUCCGCCGCCGCUGCUGUGCCUGUUGCUGCCGCCGCCGCCCGCGGGGUCCCUGGUAUCCUCAGCUUGGUGGAGAAGAGGCGGGAGCCGAGCCGAAGGCUCUCCUCCCGGCUUCCUGCGGCUGGAAGCUCGCAGCCCAGGGCCACGAUGGAAGUCCCGCCCGCCCAGGCCGGCCCCGAGCUGCCCCCGAGCACCUGCGCGCCCCGGCCCGACCCCGCGCAGUGAGCGCGCUGCCCUCCCAGGAUUCUGCACCAGAAGCACGUAAAAUAGAUUGCUUGGUCUAAAACAGAAGAGCGGCAGCGCUUUGCUGAGUUUCCAGACCCCUCGCACGAUGGAACCCAUAACAUUCACAGCGAGGAAACAUCCGCUCCCCGCGGAGGCCCGGGUGGACUUCGGGCUCCAGCUGGUGGGCUCCUUGCCAGUGCAUUCUCUGACCACCAUGCCCAUGCUACCGUGGGUCGUGGCAGAAGUGCGGCGGCGCAGCGCGCAGGCCUCCAACAAGGAGCCGGCUUCCAAGCAAGUCCGGCUUUGCGUCUCGCCCUCGGGACUGAGAUGUGAACCCGAGCCGGGCAGAGCUCAGCAGUGGGAUCCCCUGAUCUGCUCCAGCAUCUUCGAGUGUAAGCCCCAGCACGUGCACAAACUGAUCCACAACAGUCACGACCCAAGUUACUUUGCUUGUCUGAUUAAGGACGAAGCGGCCAGUAGGCGGAGCAUCUGCUAUGUGUUCAAAGCUGACGAUCAAACAAAAGUGCCUGAGAUCAUCAGCUCCAUCCGCCAGGCUGGGAAGAUUGCCCGCCAGGAGGAGCUCCAUUGCCCGUCGGAGUUUGAUGACACGUUCGCCAAGAAGUUCGAGGUGCUCUUCUGUGGCCGGGUGACCGUGGCGCACAAGAAGGCCCCGCCAGCCCUGAUCGACGAGUGCAUUGAGAAGUUCAAUCACAUCAGCUGCAGCAGGAAGGCCGAAUGUGACUCGGCCUCCCGGAAUUCCGAGACCGCCAGCCCGGCCGGGGGUUUUUCCUUCACGGACAAGGUGCGAUCUGUGCUGCAGCCGGCGGGGAGCGCGGAGCAGAGCCGCUGGCCCAUGCGCAAAUCCUUCUCGCAGCCGGGCCUGCGCUCCAUGGCCUAUAAGAGGGAAUUUCAAGAUGGAAGCCUUCGAAGCCACAGUUUCUUCAGCUCUUUUGAGGAAGGCGACAUUGAGAACCACCUCAUCAGUGGACACAAUAUUGUGCAGCCCACAGAUAUCGAGGAAAAUCGAACUAUGCUCUUUACGAUUGGUCAAUCUGACGUUUACCUCAUCAGCCCUGACACCAAAAAAAUAGCGUUGGAGAGAAAUUUUAAGGAGAUUUCCUUUUGUUCUCAGGGCAUUCGACACGUGGACCACUUCGGGUUCAUCUGCCGAGAGUGCUCAGGAGGCGGCGGCUUUCAUUUCGUCUGCUACGUGUUUCAGUGCGCCAACGAAGCUCUGGUGGAUGAAAUCAUGAUGACCCUGAAGCAGGCAUUCACGGUGGCGGCCGUGCAGCAGACAAAGGCGCCGGCCCAGCUGUGCGAGGGCUGCCCGCUGCAGGGCCUGCACAAGCUGUGUGAGCGAGUGGAGGGAAUGAAUUCUUCCAAAACCAAACUGGAACUCCAGAAGCACCUGACCACACUGACUAACCAGGAGCAAGCAAUGAUUUUUGAGGAGGUGCAGAAAUUGAGACCAAGAAAUGAGCAACGAGAGAAUGAAUUAAUUAUUUCUUUCCUGAGAUGUUUAUAUGAAGAGAAGCAAAAAGUUCACACCCAUAUUGGGGAGAUGAAGCAGGCGACACAGGUUCCUGCAGAGAAUAUUGGAAGUGAAUUACCAUCCAGUGCCACCCGAUUUAAGCUUGAUAUGCUGAAGAACAAAGCAAAGAGAUCUUUAACGGAGUCUUUGGAAAGUAUUUUGUCUCGGGGUAAUAAAGCCAGAGGCCUUCCGGAACAUUCUGCCAGUCUGGAUCUGGACAGCUCCGUGCCCAGCACAUUAAGCAACACCAACAAAGAGCCGCCCGUGUGCGAGAAGGAGGCCUUGCCCGAGUCGGAGAGCAGCUUCAGGCUCCUGGGCUCCGACGACGACCUGUCCAGUGAGUCGGAGAGCCACCCCGCAGAAGAGCCCGCCCUGCUCUCACCCCAGCAGGCUUUCCGAAGGCGUGCGAACACCCUGAGCCAUUUCCCUGUGGACGGCCAGGAGCCUCCGGAGCCCGCCCAGCGGUCUCCAGGGGUCUCACAGAGGAAACUUACGAGGUAUCACUCAGUGAGCACAGAGACACCUCAUGAACAAAAUGCGAACCAUCCACCUGUUGGCGAGUCUAAAAGUUGCUCAGGUCCUUCAGUUCCUGCUCCUCCUCCUCGUCUUAACCCCUCCGCCUCCUCACCAAAUUUUUUUAAGUACCUAAAACAUAACUCGAGUGGAGAACAAAGUGGGAACGCUGUGCCGAAGAGCAUCUCCUACCGUAAUGCCCUGCGGAAAAAACUUCAUUCUUCUUCCUCUGUGCCAAAUUUUCUAAAAUUUCUGGCUCCUGUAGAUGAAAAUAACACCUCUGACUUUCUGAGCACAAAAAGGGACUUUGAAUGCGAAGCCAACCCUCUCAGUGACGCCAGCGGGACCCCCGUGAAGACCCGGAGACACUCGUGGAGGCAGCAGAUAUUCCUGCGAGUGGCCACCCCGCAGAAAGCGAGCGACUCUCCCAGCAGAUACGAAGAUUAUUCCGAGCUGGGAGAGCUUCCCCCACGAUCUCCUUUGGAAGCAGUUUGUGAAGAUGGGCCCUUUGGCCCCGUGCCAGAGGAGAAGAAAAGGACGUCUCGCGAGCUUCGGGAACUAUGGCAAAAGGCGAUCCUGCAGCAGAUACUGCUGCUGCGAAUGGAGAAGGAGAAUCAGAAGCUCCAAGCUUCUGAAAAUGACUUGCUGAACAAGCGCCUGAAGCUUGCUUAUGAAGAAAUCACUCCUUGUCUUAAAGAAGUAACGACAGUGUGGGAAAAGAUGCUCAGCACUCCAGGAAGAUCUAAAAUUAAGUUUGACAUGGAAAAAAUGCAUUCAGCUGUUGGGCAAGGUGUGCCACGUCAUCACCGGGGUGAAAUCUGGAAGUUCCUAGCAGAGCAGUACCACCUUAAACACCAGUUCCCCAGUAAACAGCAGCCAAAGGACAUGCCAUACAAAGAACUCUUAAAGCAGCUCACCUCCCAGCAGCACGCGAUUCUUAUCGACCUCGGGCGAACCUUUCCAACACAUCCGUACUUCUCGGCCCAGCUGGGAGCGGGGCAGCUGUCGCUCUACAACAUCUUGAAGGCCUACUCGCUUCUGGACCAGGAAGUGGGAUAUUGCCAAGGCCUCAGCUUUGUAGCAGGCAUUUUGCUGCUUCACAUGGGAGAGGAAGAGGCAUUUCACAUGCUCAAGUUUCUGAUGUUUGACAGGGGACUGCGGAAACAGUACCGGCCAGACAUGAUUAUUUUGCAGAUCCAGAUGUACCAGCUCUCCAGGCUCCUUCACGACUACCACAGGGACCUCCACAGCCACCUGGAGGAGCACGAGAUCGGCCCCAGCCUCUACGCCGCCCCCUGGUUCCUCACCGUGUUUGCCUCCCAGUUUCCGCUGGGCUUCGUGGCCAGAGUCUUCGAUAUGAUCUUUCUUCAGGGGACGGAGGUCAUAUUUAAAGUGGCUUUAAGUCUGUUGGGAAGCCAUAAGCCCUUGAUUCUGCAGCAUGAAAACCUAGAGACCAUAGUUGACUUUAUCAAGAACACGCUGCCCAACCUGGGCUUGGUGCAGAUGGAAAAGACAAUCAAUCAGGUGUUCGAGAUGGACAUUUCUAAGCAGUUACAAGCGUAUGAGGUUGAAUACCACGUGCUUCAAGAAGAACUUAUCGACUCCUCUCCUCUCAGUGACAACCAAAGAAUGGACAAACUGGAGAAAGCCAACAGCAGCUUGCGCAAGCAGAACCUUGACCUCCUUGAACAGCUGCAGGUGGCAAAUGGUAGGAUCCAAAGCCUUGAAGCCACAGUUGAGAAGCUUCUGACCAAUGAGAGCAAGCUGAAACAGGCUGCCCUUGCCUUGGAGCUGGAGAGGUCAGCCCUGCUGCAGACGGUGGAGGAGCUGCAGAGGCGGGCGGCAGAGCAGAGCGGGCCACAGCCCGACCUCAGACAGCCCGAGCCUGUGGGAGACUGACAGCACCUCGCAGGGCACGGCUCCAUCCUGACACUGUCCAGGCCUUAAUUGAGGGAGACAGAAGAUGCUGGAGGGAGAGAAUGAAGCGUGAAGCUGCUUCUCAGGGAGGAAACUGGCUUGCCAGCACACAGUCUCCUGAACUAAAACUCGCGGUUCAGGGGGGCAAAUAUGUCCCCGUGUUUCUGUUGUUGUUUAGGUUCCAGUUGGUCCUGAUUACUGUAAUCAGUAGGUUUAGAUGGCAUGGACAUGAAUAAAUGCACCUUUAUGUUUCCUUUUUUAGUA